UUCGCAACGUCUCUCUUAACAACUCGCCCUGCAUUGCAGGGAGGGCAGAUUAGGUGCAACCAUCGUUCGACAGAGCGUAGCCAUUUUUUCGUGGAACAUUCUCCUCCAAAGAAUGACGGAAGAGGUAGUCAGCUCCACAAUCACCACCACAACCACCACCACCACCACCAACAAUAAUAAUAAAUCUUCAGUUGAUGACAACAUUGUCAAUCAACGACAAUUAAUUGUCAAGGAGAAGAAAAAGCAGGGUGCUUUUAGCUUUAUCAAAGCUGCGUCACUCAAGCUUCGUCGUCGUUCCCUCGAUCUAAAGCAACAGAAAUUUUCUCAGGAAGCGGUGCCCACUGCGGAUUCAAAGGGGGAAAACUGGAAGAAGUUGGUGGGCUCAAUGAGGCCUUUACAUCUCCAAGACAACCAAUCACCACCGAGUCCUCACCCGCCACCCCCGGUGAAAUCUCUAUCGCUGCCUGUAGAAUGCUGUGAAAUUUUUUCCUCUCCCUCGCCCUCAACGUCCUCUGCUGGCACCAUUAGUCAAUAUGCUUCGGCAAAUAAUUUACAAGAACUCUACGGUGAGAAGAGUGACGAUGAGGAAGAGGAAGAUCCUGACCAUGUAUUUGAUACAAUUGGAGCAGACGAGAUGAUUGAUGCCAAGGCAGAGAAUUUCAUUGCUCAAUUUUACGAACAAAUGAGGCGUCAACAGUGAUCGCACACUUAAUCAAACACAUAAAAGCAUGAACGUAACGAUCAAAUUCAUUUCAUUCAUUUUGUAGUACUCCUAGUAUAAUUGAUUACUUUUAGCUAAGGCAUAUUUCAUAAUUAAGUACUAGUGUAGAAAUGUCACUGCCUUUUAAUUUGCUCUAAUGUCUCUUAGAUCUUUACUGAUUAGUUCCAAGGGAACAGGUUUUUUGCUACGUUACUUGCUCUCUCUUUGGAACAAAGAAACUAGUGAAAGAAAAAAAAGAAAGAAAAUCCGAAACAUUUGAAUCCUUUCAUUAUGUUUGUUCUAAAUGUGCUAUGGAUAAGACAAUGUAUUACAUUGUAAUUAAAGAAUAUGUAUCUGAAUCUAAGAGAUUUUUUUUGUUAUUAAGA